GCCGCUGUAGCAGGCUGUUGUGUUCGUUCGUCCUUACACCUGUUGCUCCGUGCUCUCAGAAUGAGUUCAGCAAAUGGUAACGAAAGUAUCCGAAAAGGGAGCCAACGUAGUAAAAGAAAAAUGUCAAAAAGCGUUAUGAAGAAAGAAAAAGACAACGUUUUCCAUAUUAGUGGCAGUAUUACAGACAUGAGCAACACCGAGGUCAUCGGGCAGUUUCAGUCACAGGAGCAAAUUGUCAACAUAGAGCCAAAGUAUCCACUGGAAGAUGAGAAAGGGACUGACGGUCAUCAUCAGGUCCACCAUCCUACGUCGUUCGUGGACACAAUGCUCCACCUGUUCAGAGGGAACAUCGGUUCUGGUCUGCUGGCGAUGGGGGACGCCUUCAAAAAUGGCGGCCUGGUGUUCGCUACCAUCACCACAGCACUCCUCGGCAUCCUAUGUGUGCAUGCUCAGCAUUUACUGCUAAACUGUUCAGACGAGAUGCACCGGCGGACAAAACGGCAGCGGCCGCCCGGGUUCGCCGAUACAGUAUCCCUGGUCUUCUCAUACGGACCGGCACGCCUGCGGCCUCUAGCGCCAACCAUGAAGAUAAUGGUGAACACCUUCCUCUGCAUCACGCAGCUUGGCUUCUGCUGCGUCUAUAUUGUCUUUAUCGCGAAUAAUGUUAAAAUGAUUUGUGACCAGUACAACUUGCACGUAGACCUGUCCGUACACAUGAUCUUUGUCAUAGUCCCUGUCCUCUUGUCCUGCAUGGUACGAAACCUGAAAUACCUCACACCCUUCUCGACCAUAGCCAAUGCGAUGAUGGCUGUCGGCGUUGGCUUGGUUUUGUACGAAACCGCCCAAGACCUCCCACCGGUUUCGUCACGACCAGCCAUGGCAUCCUGGGCCCAACUGCCGUUGUAUUUUGGAACCGCUGUCUACGCUUUCGAGGGUAUUGGGUUGGUUCUCCCCCUGAAGAACGAAAUGCGCCAACCUGAGCUGUUCCAGAAGCCGCUGGGAGUACUGAACGUGGGAAUGGUGUUCGUGGGGAGUAUAUUUAUCUCGGUCGGCUUCCUCGGCUACUUGAAGUUUGGGGAGGAUGUUGCUGGUAGCUUGACCUUGAAUAUGCGACCGGGAGAAACACUAAGUUUAGUAGUCCAAGUGCUGAUAACUGCGGCCAUGCUGCUCACCUAUCCGCUACAGUUCUACGUACCGAUAUCAAUUACCUGGCCUGGUAUACGCAAGAAGUACGGAGGGUCGUCUCCUAUCGCCAAGGAACUACUUUAUAGAGCGUGCAUGGUUAUGGUGACAUUCGUGCUAGCAGAGACCAUUCCUCAGUUGGGACUGUUCAUCUCCCUGGUCGGCGCAAUAAGCAGCACCACCCUGGCGCUCAUGUUUCCACCGCUCAUUGACCUGGUCGUCACGUACCAGAAGGAAAACAAAAUGCCUGUCUUUACACUAGUGAAAAAUCUAUUCAUCAUCAUCCUUGGUAUUUACAUAUUUAUAUCGGGAACUUAUGAAAGUCUAGCGUCCAUAAUAAGAGCUUUUAGAAGUUAAGUACUCUGUAGCUACAGAUUAAUAAAUGCUAUAUAAUAU